UUCAGACUGAUAUAAACACUCUGUCCAGCACUUCCAAGUCUUGGGGUCUUCGCCUGAAUCCUAACAAAUGCGUGGUGCUCCGGUUUUCUAGGAGACAGCAUGCCUCGCCCCGUUACGUCUUAGAUGGUAAAGAGUUACCUACUCCUAAGUCCCAUACCGAUCUCGGGGUCAUCGUUGAUGACUCACUGAAGUUCCACGACCACAUAUCAUCUGUCACCCGCAAGGUCGCUGGUCUCGGGCACAGUUUCCUCAAAUCUACUGUCUGUCGGUCUCGGGAAUUCAUGUUGUUCUUUCUUAAAACGCACAUGAGACCUGUGCUUGAAUAUGCCUCGUGCGUUUGGCACACUGGUUACAUUGAGGAUGAUCGGAGGCUCGAACGAUUCCAAAGGUACUGGACCAAGCAAAUAAGCAUGCUCGAACAUCUCGCAUAUAGUGACAGGCUGAGGGAGCUAGGUCUGUACUCGGUCAAGGGACGGCUCAUGCGAGCAGAUCUCAUACAGUAUUGGAAAAUUUUCCACAGGAAAAGCUGCGUCCCCCCGGAGAUCAUGUUCCCUCAGCCCUUCACCCGUGUCACCAGGGGACACUUGUACAAGAUUGGUGUGACGCAUGUGAACACAGAUGUGAGGAAAAGAUCAUUCUCAAAGAGAUGUGUUAAUGCAUGGAAUCGCCUACCAGAACAUGUUGUUGAUGCCCCUGAUGUAUCUGCUUUUAAGCGAGGGUUAGAUGAUGUGAUACCGGACUUGCUAUUUGAUUAUGUCUAGCCUUCUUGCCCUGUGUAUAUUUCAUAUACGUUUGCAAAAUAUUUGGUGCUAAUGUGACAUGUGAAACGCAAUUAGUGUGAAAUUAGGGUAUUAGCGAGAACAAAAGGUACUAACACUCGAUACUGGAUCAUGUAUUACGAUAGGUUAAAUGGCGACACACAUUUCCAGUUCAUGGCUCACACACUGCAAUACUCAAACAUGGCUGGUCUUAAAACGGAACUGGCGUGUCUUUCGAUAUGGGUUCCUUUCUUUUCCUUGCCACUCCUUCCUGUGACUGUUUACUUGGUGAAGGGAACCAACCAGGUAAGUGAACCAGCAUCCUCUGGUGAAAAAAGCAUGCCAGUACAAGAUCCCUCAAAGGACUUCGCUGAAGACCUCGCCACCUUGAAUUCAGAUGAGAAGCUGCCUAACACUCGCAUAAAAGAGGUAUACGACUCUCUCACCUCGCGUCUGCUGCGUCUGGACGGGAGCGCUGUCAGCCAGUCGGCCGCCGCGGCGGUAGCCCGUGCUGUCCUCACCUCACAAGACGGCCGACAGCUAUGGCGUGUCCUCAACACCUCCGCCACGUCCGGCCAGGCUGCCUCGGCUCUGCGUCUUCUGAGCGCGGCUGUGGCCUGUGGCGGAGCGCCAGCCAGGACGGUGCUGGCGGAGUUUCAGUUCAGCCACGGGAGGUUGCCUCAGGUGGCAGCGGUGAAGAAUUUGGCGUCGGAGACGGAUGUGCGGACGGAGUUUGUGACGUUUGUGCUGGCGUUCCUGGUCGGCGCUGAUCGACUUCUAGUGCAGGCGAUCCUGGACAAGGUGACGCCGUUGAUGCUGGUUCUCUCCGGCCUGAACACGGACCGCGCGUCCACCAUCCACUUUGUACUGAGCACCUUCAAACAGGCCAUCCUGGAGAACAGCAAGAUCGCCAAAAAGGAUAAGCUCCGUCUGUUCAACUCGAGAAACCUGUCUCCGCUGCUGCAGCUGUAUAAAUGGAGGGGGCAUCAGCUUACCUGGAAAUCGCGCACAAACAGGUACAAGAAGAAAAAGAAGUCCGGCGUCGCUGCUGAUGAGGACGAAGAGGAGGGCGCCAACCCCGCCGACCCCGAGGAGUUACUGCAGGUGCGGGAGAACGUGCAUCAGUUCCUGAGCAUCCUCUGCACGUCACACAAGGCCGGCAUCGUCUUCAAGGAUGCGUCCCUUGGAACGUCGGGCUCCAACUGUAAUCCCGUGCUCCUCGAGGUGCUAAAGAACCUCAGUCGGCCCUGGAGGGACGAGCUGACCGCAGAGCUGGUAAUUUCCACUCUCUCGGCGUGUCCGGACCUCUGUCGGCACUACCUGCCCUCUCUCUCCUCCGCGCUCUGCCCGGCGCGGCCGUCGGCCGAGUGGCGUGCCGCUGUUGCCAUGGUGACGCGCGCGGUGGCGUCCGUACAGCUGACUAUGCCCUCGGGCGAUGCGCGGCUGAUGCCUGAAGCGGUGUGUCGGGUGGCCGCUGCCUGCUACUAUCCGCCCCCUGUGCAGGAGCUGAUCAGGGACGGUAUCGGACACGAGGAUGCGGCGGUCCGCGCCGACUGUCUGCGGCUGCUGCUCGCAGUUACUGAUCAGGUGGCAGCCCUGCAGACCCAGCUGGCCAACUCAGUCGAGUACGGCGCUAUGGCUCGCGCGGCCCUCUCAAGCGACAUCACCCGGUACCUACCGGCUCCCAAUCAGCUGACUACGCUCUGGAGCCAGCUGACUGCCUCCGAGGCACCUCCUGCAGCGGAGGUGGCUCUUCUGGCGCGAGUGCUGAUUGGUUGUCAGAGAGUUGCGUCACAGGAGUGGCGGCUGCAGCCGAUGCUGCUCGGACAGCUGCAGGGGAAGCUGGCGGAGCUGCAGCUGCCCGAGGACGAGCUGCAGCUGCUGAGGGACCAGCUGCAACAGCUGACAGAGGGCAGACAGUAUGUCGUGCCGGUGGACCGGUGUCUGGUGCCCUCCGAUGUACCGAGAAUCCUGGCAGAGAUCCGAGGAGAACAUUUCGUCGAGACCACCGACGACACGACAGAGGCGGCGGAGAACCCUGAGGGGGUCAAGUUGGAACCUAAAGACACGACCGAGAAAUCCGAGGAGAAAAUGAAAGAUGAAGCUCUUCCAACGCUGAGUGGAGCGUCGAAGCAGCAGCGAUUUGAGUCGUUUGUUGCCAUGACAACGAAACUUCUACGAACAACUCCACCGCCGCUGUCGAAACUACGCUCACUUGUGGCUCAGCUGACUGAGGCAUUAAAUGACGUCACAACUGCCUCCACCAAUAACAAGAAGAGAGCUUCAAGUGAAGGCACGGAUGACGCCUCAACUACACCCACAAAACGGAGUAAGAAGAGUAAAUCGAAGACAUCGGCUGUGAAGGAAGAGCCUGAGGAAAACACAGAUGACGCCACUGGCACAGAGCUGAGCCGGCCGGCCGGCUGGGUCGACUGGGUGAAGCUGGUGCUGAAGAAGAGCCUGCGGCAGCCGGAGGUGGGGGAGGCGGUGCUGGAGAGCCUGACGCUGCUGUGUGAGAAGGGCCUGUUCCCGAGCAGUGGAGGAGCGCCUACACAGACUGAGCCUCUGGACAACUCCGUCAGCUGUGAGCUACUCUACGAACUCCUGCUGAGUCAUUCCGCCUUCCUGGAGCGAGUCCUGGACCCGGCUGAGUCAGAGCUCGCCCUCCGUGACUCGCUACUCCGACUCAUGCUGGCGGUGGCCAACAGAAGUCAGCACGUGUGCCGUGCCUCGCAUGUGGCUCUCCUGUUGGCGGCAUACGGAGCGACAAUGUCUGAGACGGAUCAGACCAUCCUGUUGUUGAUAAGCCGUUACGAGCUGGCGGACGUAUCGCUGCAGGCUUAUCAGCCGAUGGUGUGGGGCUCGGCGGCUCUAAACUUCUACAACCCAACUCAGGGCGGAGGGCACAGUCUGAAGAGCCAGCCCUCGGCUGAUGACGUCAUCGGCCUGCUGGACUCGGACAAAAUGUCCGCCACCUGCCGACGGCUGCCGCUCAAAAUCACCCUCAAGCCUGUGCGCGUGGCUCCCGACCCGGGCGUGUACGACGUUCGCUUCCUGGCACCUCUGCUGCUUCGUCUGACAGCCCCGGAACAGCAGGGCGAGCCGCUGAAACUAGUGUCGGCCGGGGCGCUAGGUGUCGCCCUCUGUCUGCUCAGCUGUAGACAGGUGGCGCUGCGGUCGGCCGGAUGGACCACCCUGGCGAGACUGUAUCAGCAGCUGCAGGCUAGCAGGCAUCAGAGGCAGCGCCGGGUGUGGCUGACCCUCCUAGACCUGGUGCGAGCGGCGGCCGCUGGUGCUCCCCAGCAGAGGCUGCCGUUUGUGGUGGUGCACGGCUGGUGCCGACUGGUGCUGGUGCUGCAGCAGCCGACUCACAGGCUGUUCAAGCCGGCCACCCGGCUGCUGCUACGUCACGCCAAGGAGGGCAGCCUGGAGAUUGGGAAGGUGCCACUGUUCUUCGAGCUCUUCAACAGCGCGUCGAGCCUGGAGCACCGCUCGGAACACGGCUGGAUGGUGGGCCACCUGUGUCAGAGUGUUCGCCAGAUGUCCGACUACGGCGUCCUCCAGCGGACCGUCACCUAUAAACUGGUGAUGGGACUGGCCGCCUCGUGCCUGGCAUCGGCUCGACCGCAGCUGCUCAAGGUGUUGGAGGUCACCUGUCGAAUCCCGGGCGCUCUCCUCGACCUCCACUACCGACAUGGACUUCUGGUCUGGCUCAGCGCGCUUCUGCGUCGCUUCGGCCGCGAGCCAGCCACCCGCGCCGCAGUCGUCUCAAUGGCGGCACAAAUGGCGCAGACGCUGCGCGCACACUACGAAAGCGGCGCGCCGAGGCCUGUGGCGCUCCUCGCCGCACUUGAGGCGCUUGUGGCGCGACUGUCAGAUGCUACGAGUGAAGACGCGGCGCUGUGUAAGGAUGUGGCGAGGGUGCGGCAAGAAGUAGCGCAGAUGCAGGCAGUGGCUGCUGCGUAGGGGGUGAGUGAAGUUUGAUGACUGGGUCCCAAUAGGUGUCGAAGAGGUCGAUAGAAUGUGCUGUGGGUUGUGCCACUCUGGUUCCACAAAGGUUGUUGGGAAUAGACGACGGGGUGACAAUAUGUUGAACUGUUUGGAACUCGAGUUUGCAGUUUUGCGAUGUGACGAUGGUCAUGGUAUGGUUCUUUGCGUAUAGGGUACUCUGGCCCUGUAUUUUUUGGCCGUAUGUAUGUGCCUUUGUCAAUGAAGCCAAGGAAUAUAAGCGCAUCACGUCA